UGUUAAAAAAGCCACAGGGUUGAUAUGGAAACCCAGUGAAGGAACUUGUGAAGCCCUCUCUUUUCCCAUGUGAUUGUUGUAGUGACCGUUGCUAGUCCACCUGUCCAUUCAUUUGGAUCACGCUUAAAGGCAGGUUGCGACUUCCUUUUAGUUCCCCCAGGCUACCCGUCUCUCCUCCUCUUUCUUCUGAGGAACUCCCCAGCAUCCAAGAUGAAGAGAGGCAUCGGAAGCUUCUGCAAUGGUGUCGGCUCCACAUCAACUUUAAAUCAGAGGAAGGCUGACCGAGAUGUGUCUUGCAUUGCUGCUCCAUCUCUUGUCGGCUCCUGCAUGGGGGAGGGCAUCGGAGCGAGAAGCUCGCUCACUCUCGAGGAGAUGAUCUUGCAGCUGGACCUCAAUGCAAAGGCAGCAAGAAGGGCCAAGCUUGAUGACCAUGGCGAGCCAUGCCAUCGGAGGAUGUCCUGUGGGAACAACUCCGAUAUCCUGAGAUCGGUGAGGAAUGCACUGAAUCGGUACCCUCGGUUCUCUCUCGAUGGGAAGGAUGCCAUGUAUCGGUCAUCCUUUCGCAACUUUGGUGCGAGGAGCAGUGCAUGUGAAGGUGGCCGGAAAUCUGCUUGUUGUUCCAGCGCAUGCAGCAGGGGUUCGUCUUCUAAUGGCUAUGAGGUGGACUUGGAGAGAAGUCUAAGGUUUCCACCAACUCUAGCAGGAGAGAGUGUAGUCUGGUGCAAGCCAAGUGUUGUGGCCAAGCUGAUGGGCCUGGAUGCAGUGCCAGUGCCAGUGCCAGUGAGCGGCAGGCGUGGAAAGAUAGGAUUGAAUCCUUUGUUUAGCUGGAAGCAAAACCAAAGGAAGAUAGGGAGGCAUGAAACAAAGAAGGAGAGGCUUUUUACGGGCAUGAAUGGUUGGAAGGGGAGGGAGCCGCCGAGCUCGAAUUUGCCUGCUGGUUAUUGUGUGAUGAACCCAAUCUCCAUUGAGCCUGUAAGGGGCAGAGAGGAUUAAUAAUUCGCAUGAGUAUGUUAGCUGGCUAGUAUUUUGAUAUGACGGUACACAUAUAUGGGGAUCCUUGAUUCUUGAUUUCUUCUGAAACCCAUGACACUACAAGAAUGUG